AUGACUGCAGCUUACACGGUCGCGUCAGAGGAUGUUCUCGUGGUUGAGGCACAAAACAUGGGAGCCAUCUCUGUCAUAGCGCCUGUUGCGGAUCAUGUGCUGCUGGCCGUGACGGGCCCCGAACCGAAGCAGAAACCGUCCCUUGAGAAUGAUCUUGAGUCGUCUCAAGCGCAUGCGCAGAUGACCAACGGAAUUGAACGUCAUCCAGAAGAGGAAGAGGAGGACGAGAGUGAUAUUCAGGACGAGGAGGACAGAGAUACACAGAAAAUUAGGGAAGACCUUGAGGCUCUUCUGCGCAGUGCGAUUCCCCCACCACCGCGGUAUCCCAUCAACAGUGGCUUAAUCGCGACAACCCUUGAAACUGCGAAUACCCUGACCAUUCGCGAAGGGCCCGAAUACACAUUUCAGGCUGGCGAAGGCACAUAUGUUUUACGAGACGACCUACAACUCGCUACCCCUCCACCGCACCCUUCUGAAGCUCCUAUCGUCAAUCCCAAUCCCCUUGCGACCAACGUUGCUCCCCCCACCAGUGGUGUUAAAUUGUCUCUAGUAUCGCUGAGCCCGAAACAAAUCACUCCAGACCUCUACAGAACCACUACCGCGACGAGCAGUCUUUUGCGCUGGAGAACUUUGGGAUUAAACAAUUCAAAGGAAACAAAAGAGUCCAAGGAGCUCAAGGACGCAAGGGAGUUGAAAGAUAUCAAAGAGGUGGAGAAAGAGCCGAGGAUAUCAAUAGAGACGGGCAGCGAUAGUAGCAACCUUGCGGGAUCACAAAAUGGAAGCAAUAAGUCGAGUACCGUGAAAGCCUUCGGCGAAGGGAAUGCUGCUCUCUCUCCCGUCAUCAGCAGGGAUGGUCUCAAGAGACGAAAACCCAAGAACAACAUCAUUAAGAGCAAUUCCUCAUUCGUCUCUCGCGUCAUUCCCCACGAAUCUCUCCCAAAGAAGCUUCAGGAACGAGAUCAGCGAGGGACCUUUGCAUUUGUCAACAUCAACCGGGCUUUUCAGUGGCUGGAUCUGUCUUCAGGGUCCAAACAGGACCCAAUGACCAAGAUUCUCUUCACCAAGGCAAGUGACUGUCUUGUCAUCGAUUCGAUGUUAUGCUUGCGGAGUUCAUUUAUGACCAAGCAUUCGACGCACAUGGACGUUGUUAUGGGUUCUUCGGCAAGCGAUAUUAUCUGGUAUGAGCCAAUAUCGCAAAAGUAUGCACGCAUCAACAAGAAUGGGAUCAUCAACAACUCAGCCGUUUCCACGAUAAGAUGGAUACCUGGAUCGGAAAAUCUUUUCCUAGCGGCUCAUAUGGACGGAACACUCAUCGUAUACGACAAAGAGAAGGAAGAUGCACCCUUUGUCUCGGAAGAGCUGGUAGAUGAAGCGAUCAGUAUCCCAGAUGAAGAUCAGUCCACAUUGGUCAUCAGCAAAAGUGUGAACUCGUCAAAUCAAAAGGCCAAUCCAGUAGCUUGCUGGCGAAUUUCCAACCAGAACAUCACCGACUUUUCAUUUUCGCCGGACAAUAAACAUCUCGCUGUAGUCGGCGAUGAUGGGUAUCUUCGGAUAAUAGAUUAUCCUCAAGAAAGGCUGACCGAUAUAUACUCCUCUUAUUACGGCGGAUUCACAUGCGUAUGCUGGUCGCCUGAUGGCAAAUACGUGCUCACCGGAGGCCAAGACGACCUCGUCACUAUUUGGUCGCUUCCCGAACGUCAGAUUAUUGCGCGAUGUCCUGGACAUGAUUCGUGGGUGACGGCUGUUGCCUUCGACCCAUGGCGUUGCGACGAGAGAACAUAUCGUUUUGGCAGUGUGGGCGAUGACUGCAAGCUCCUUCUUUGGGAUUUUAGUGUUGGCAUGCUUCAUCGUCCGAAAGGGGCGACAGCUAGGACUAGAGGCAGCAUCUCAUCUCCCUCGAUCUCGCUCCUUCGACAACGGACGGAGAGCACAAGUAUCGUGAACCGAAUCAGAUCCGAUUCAAACCGGACUGGAAGUUUCGUCCAACCUGACACUGUCGAUGAAUCCGAAUUUCUCAACCACGCUGUUGAACCCCGAGCAAGGACGGCUCAACUACCCCCCGUAAUGUCCAAGAAGAUAGAUGAUCAUCCACUGAGUGGUGUCGCAUUCGAACAGGAUUGCAUUAUCACGACAUGUAACGAAGCGCCAGUGCUCACCCCUUUGAGCACUAUGAAGGCCACAGCAAUCAUCAGGGCCAAAGUCAAGGCCAGGACACCGUUGGCGGCCCAGGUGGAGGAUCCAGCCCCCGUCGUGAGACAGAUAGACGGUGAAGAGAGAAGACUCGAGGACGGCAGUGUGGCCAACAGCAAUGGACGAGGGAGAUCCGAUACGACCAACACAACAUCCUCUCUCUGGACGACGGCGUCGUCGUCAAGCUCGAUACCUGCCAUUACACUCACGGAAAGCAGCUAUCCGUAUCCUCGGCACGACGACAUCGAGGAAGCUGCAAGUUUCCCCAUCGAAGCACCCAUCGAAGCCGAAAUUGUUACAGCAGAUGCAUCAUUGCCAGGCACAGGCUCAAGCCUAGGUUCUACCGCUAAUGGGGCCUCGGCGUCAUCGGUCUCAUUCGCGGGAGCCUUACCUAGAAGGGGCCCUAGAAAGUCUCAUCAGCCCACAGACUCUGCACCAGGAUCGGCAUCUUCAGCAUCAGCAUCAUCAGCGGCGCCCCUAGCACGACCACCGCCACUGCCGCUAUCGACUGGCGGCGAGAGAACAGCCGGAGUGGACCCUCAUCAGAGAGACCCGCGCCUGAUAACACAGAUUAGGCCGCUCCUUCGUCUAAACCGCAAGCAUUCUCCCGAAUGCUCCUCCGGCCGCCAUGAGCCAGUCUCGCGCACUCCCUUGAACCAGCGUCCUUCGAGUUCUCCUUCGUCUUCUUCAGCCAACCGUCAUCUCCACGGUCUGGCACCUUCCAAAUCACAAACCAUGGCGCUCAAGUUUCUGAGUGCGCAUACCUCUCACUCAGGCUCAAGUAGCAGCGUCAAACACUUCGAUAUCCGCCUGGACAAUGACUACAUCGUGUUUCGGGGCAAUGAAGACGAGGCUGCAAGUGCCCAACUUUCGGGGUCUCUGGUUCUGUGCCUCACUGAACCUAUGACUAUCCACCACGUCGACUUGACUCUGAGUGGAAUCCUGCAUAUGUCAUGGCAGACUACUUCCACAUCCUCCAUGUCAGGCAGGCGUACCACUUACAAGGAGAAGACCUUUUUCGAGAAGAAUUGGACGUUCCGAGACCCUGGGAAAGGCAAGACCGAAAUUUUACAACCCGACAACUACGAGUGGCCAUUCCAAUGCAUCCUUGAGGGUUCUUUGCCCGAAAGUGUGGAAGGUCUGAAGGAUGCGUGGAUUAUCUACCGCUUGAAGGCUGAAAUCAGUCGCAAGAGGGGGAGGGACAUUGUCGUCCGCAAACCUCUGCGCAUCGUCCGCACUUUGGAUUCGAAUGCCUUGGAACUUUCCCACGCAAUGUCUGUCGAAAACAUAUGGCCGAAUAAAAUCGAAUACUCGAUUAGCAUCCCCAACAAGGCGGUCGCCUUUGGGUCAUUUGUUCAAGUUGACUUCAAAUUAAUAUCUCUCUUGAAAGGUUUGGUUAUCGGCAAUGUCUCUACGCAGGUCAAAGAAGAGCAAGAGUUUGUCGUUGAUCCAGAAUGGGGAAUAUCCGCUCUGAACAAUGGCCUGACCAAGAUGGACAGAGUCAUUGCGUCGGACCUCUACAAGGUCGAGCCUGAAAAGGAUGAGCAAAUCAUCGACGAAGUUGCCGAAGGCUAUCAAUUUUCUCGAUAUCUCGAGUUGCCCAAAUCUCUGAACCAGUGCUUACAGGACUGUAAUGUCAGAGGAAUCAAGGUUCGACAUAAAGUGAAAUUUAAUGUUCAGUUACACAACCCCGACGGCCACAUUUCUGAACUACGCGCCAACCUCCCGGUCUCGUUUUACAUAUCUCCCAGUCUGCCUAUCAACGAAAACAACGAUCUGGUUGACCAAUCGCCUCAAGCCGGGAGGGCAGCUAUUGCUAACGAUUUGGCCAACGCAGCGCCGCCCGUGUACGGGAAGCAUACUUUGGAUGUCUUAUAUUCCGAUGUGGAUGGUUAUCGAACUCCCGGAACCGCCCUGUCUACUCCUGGGACUCCGUACCUCCACAGUCGCCAUGCGUCCCAGGAAAACCUCGCGAGUCUGGCAGCAAUGGCCAAUGGAAACUACGUGUCACCAAUGGCUCUUCAGAGCAGGCUCCAGGAUCUUCGAGUGGGCGACUCCUUCAUCCAAGAUCUGCGUGGCAACGAAGACAGUGAGAUAAGUAAUCUAUCGCUACCAGCCGAUAGACGAUCUAGGCGGAACUCGUCGUCUACGACCAUGCCUGAAGAUUAUUUCGCACCACAUAGUGCAUCGGCUCCCAGCUCGUAUCCACGAAUUAGUCCUAUUGAUCAAGGUGCGUCUCCGGGCGGUCCUUCCCAUACACCGAGUCAGCCAGGCAGCCUCAUGAUUUCGCGCCGGACUUCUGAAGAAGAAGAAGAAGAUGGUCACCAUUCUGGCACUAGGACGCCAUUCCCUCAGUACGACCAUAUGGAGGAUCUGGCUCGCGUUCCCUCAUACACAACAGCGGUCAAGACACCUGCCCCGAGGAAGCAAUUUGAUCCAUCGAUACCACUGCCGACCUACGGAGCUGCUGUUACAGACCCCAGCCCUCCGCCGUUAGCAGAACCUCCGACUGCCCACCUUAGAACUUCGCCAAGGUUACCGGGUACCAUAACAGCGACUGCAAAUUCACCGGAUUCACCCGUCAAUGGCGUUCCAAGAAUGUCAAUAUCUCACCGAACAGUGAGUUCGAUCCAAGAUGACGAGAGAAGGUUGCGGAUGCUGCAACUGCGAGGGCGGUAG